UUAAAGACUGGGUGUGUGUGGAGUAGCUCAUUAUGUGUUCUCUUCACCCCUCCCUUCUCUUCUUGUUCACAUCCUCAAGCAGGGAAGAUGCUUCUAAAGGUGCUGCUCUGUGAGACACUGGCUUUUCAGGGCAUUCUCGUAAAUCUUUGUGUAUUCCAUUAGUUGUAACCAGUAAGUGUCCGUGCCAGAAGACUGCUGUUGAGCUGGAAUCCUCUGUCCAUUGCACUUGGAUUAAGUCCCUUCGCAGCCUUUUACAUUCAGCUAUGCCCUUCAGCUCCAGAGGAAAACCAUUUAAAAGCAUGGAAGUGGACUAGCACAGAGACUUUGAGUGUUCAAUGAUUAUUGCGCAUAGUGAGAGAACAGGUGGCUGUUGUCCCAAAGGAUGAAAAUCUUGAGGAGCUUUCGGAGGAAACACAGCUGGAGAAUAAUGGCUAUGGUGAGAUCCUCACUCCAGAAAGUCAUGCUCUUUCUGCACCGUUUCCAAACCUUGACUUUCACAUCAGCAAGAUAUCAGAAACUGUGCAAGGAUAUUCAGACAGAGAUCGAUGCCGACUGUGGUUCCUCUAGAAGGAUAUCUGGGGACCAGUCACAGGGUUGCAAAGAAAUUAGUCCUGAUGAAAAUAACCACGCUUAUGGAAAAUAUAUCUUUCCUAACAGGGAGUGUGUGGAGCUUCAUGAUGAGAGUGGAGCAGGUCUGAUGAUGCUACUGGAGGAACUUUGGUUCUGGGUGAAGCUGAAAGAUGAAGAACUGACCAGGCAAAGCACCAGUGGAGAUGUUAAUAAUCUGCUUCACCAACAAAAGUGCUGUAUGGCUCUGCAGAGGAAGCUCAGCACUCGAAGGCAGGAUUUUGAGUGCCACCUGAAGCAGGUGUGUUCAUUACCUCUGCCGCAUGUGGAUGCUCUGAGGGAAAGCAACAUGAAAGAAGCAGCAGAGUCUGCUCUACAGGAGAGGAACAUGUGGCUGGCUCAAGGUAUGCUGGAUGAGGCUGUGGAAGUCCAGCAUCACUGGGAUCAGUUCUGUUUUAACACAGCCAACUGGCAGCAGCAGGUCAACUGGGUACUGAGAAAACUGCAGGACCUACAGGAUGCCAUGCAUCAGCUAGACUUGGGCUUGGCAGAGAUGGAGAAUAAGUGGGAGGAAUGGUGCUCAGAAGGACAAAGUCUGGUCAGUUGUAUGCUGGAUGGUUUUGAGGAGUCUGAGAGUGAAUUGCUUAAGCAAAGUUUUAUUGGUGCAAAAGAUAUGAGCAGCAGUUUGGUUCCACUUCCUGACAUUCAACUGGCUCCAAUCUCACCGCUGCCACCUCAUAGCUCUAAAACACAACUGGGCAUUUCAGAGGCACCAGCAAUGAAUCAGCACAGACAGAUCUUAGAUGCUCAAGUUGAUAACAUACUGUUGUCUCAAGACUUCUUAUCUGUCUCGGUUCAGUACCCAUGGCAGAGGGCGGUAUUUCAGAACAGUAUUCCUUAUUAUAUCAAUCAUGAAAAGCAGAAUACAUCAUGGGAUCAUCCAAUGAUGACUCAGCUAUUUCAAUCAAUGACUGAACUCCAGCAUGUGCGAUUUUCAGCUUACCGCACAGCUUUGAAGAGCCGCAGAGUUCAGAAAGCCUUGUGUUUGGACCUUUUGGAGUUGGCCAUGGCUCAGGGUAUCUUUGAAGAACAUCAGCUGACUCAUAAUGAGCAGGUUUUGGAGGUUCCAGCCAUCAUUACCUGUCUAUUGACAAUAUACACUGAGCUUCAGAAGGUGUAUCCACAUCUUAUCAAUAUUCCUCUGUGUGUGGACCUGUGUCUUAACUGGCUUCUAAAUGUUUACGACAGGGAUCGAAGUGGGAAAGUCCAUGUUCUGUCCAUGAAGAUUGGGCUUCUUUCUCUUUCAAAAGGACACCUGGGAGAGAAGUAUAAAUAUCUGUUCACUCAGGUGGCCAGCUCUGCAGGAGUGUGUACCCCAAAACAGCUGGCACUGUUGCUAUACACCACCAUCCAGAUCCCCUACCAGCUGGGUGAGGCUGCUGCUUUCGGAGGGAGUAAUGUGGAACCAAGCGUUCACAGUUGCUUUCAGCAUGUGGGCGAUAAGGACAAAGUUGAGCUGGAGCAGUUUGUAGAGUGGAUGCAUCUGGAGCCUCAGUCCAUGGUGUGGCUGCCGGUUUUGCACAGAUUGGCUGCAGCCGAGACCUCCAAGCACAAGACCAAGUGUAACAUCUGUAAAGAGUGUCCCAUGGUGGGCUUUAGGUAUCGCAGUUUGAAGCAUUUCAACUAUGAUGUGUGUCAAAGAUGUUUUUUCACUGGAAGAACCACUAGCAGUCACAAAUUAACCUAUCCUAUGGUGGAAUACUGCAGCCCUACCACAUCUGGGGAAGAUGUGCGUGAUUUCACCAAGGUGCUGAAAAACAAGUUUCGCUCAAAGAAGUACUUCAAUAAACAUCCACGUCUUGGAUACCUGCCAGUCCAGACCAUUGAUCUUGACACGUGA